AGAGCAAAAUGGAAAGGGGGAAAAAGGGCUAAACCCAAAUCGACGCACCAAACCCAACCCGGGACACCCGCCGCCGCCGCCGCCGCCGCCAUCGCCGGCGGCCACCGCACGCGCGGCGUCCGGAAUCUAGUGCUGGUGCCUCCAACCCCCCUACGGCCUGGACUCUGAUGCGUCCCACCCCAUGGCCUGCCAUCUCCGCCCCCUCCUCAAUCUCCGCCUCUUGCUGCUCCUCGGCGCGGUCCUCGGGAACGCCGGCCCCGGCCGGGGCGGCGGGGCGGAGGCGUCAGAUCGGGCGGAGCCCGACCCGUACUCGAUCCUGAUGUGGCACGACUACUCGCCGCCGUCGCCCCCGCCUCCGCCCCCGGCCCCGGUGGCGCCGGUGGCGACCUGCGCGAAAGACCUCCAUGGGAAGGGGGACUUCCGCACGCGAUGCGAGGUCUCCGAGGAGGUCAAGCUGGGCGGCGACGUCUACAUCACGGGGAACGGCAGCCUCGUGCUCCUCUCCGGCGCCUCCCUGACCUGCGAGAAGGCCGGGUGCGUCAUAUCUGCCAAUCUCUCCGGCGAGGUGCGACUCAGCCGCGGCGUGCGCGUCAGAGCUGGGAGGGUCUCGUUGGUCGCCACCAACAUCACGGUCGCCGACACUGUCGUUGUGAACACCACCGCGCUCGCCGGUGAUCCGCCCGACCGGACCAGUGGCGUCCCCACGGGGACGCACGGUGACGGUGGCGGGCACGGCGGCCGUGGCGCCAGCUGCUUCGUCAAGGAUGGGCAGACGCAGGAGGAUUCAUGGGGCGGCGAUGCCUAUGCUUGGUCAGACCUUGAACACCCGUGUAGCUUUGGCAGCAAAGGGGGCUCGACCAGUGUUGAGAAGGAUUAUGGCGGUGCUGGUGGUGGCAUCGUGUGGUUGUUUGCUGAGAACCUGAUCAUGAAUGGCACAGUGCUCGCCGACGGCGGUGAUAGCAGUGAGAAGGGCGGAGGAGGUUCUGGGGGCAGCAUCUAUAUUAAGGCUGCGACGAUGCAUGGUGGUGGCAAGAUCAGUGCUUCUGGGGGUAAUGGUUUGGCUGGGGGAGGUGGAGGGCGAGUUUCGAUUAACGUUUUUAGUAGACAUGAUGACACCCAGAUUUUUGUUCAUGGGGGAAGGAGUUCAGGCUGUCCGGAUAAUGCAGGAGCUGCCGGAACUCUUUAUGAAGCAGUACCAAAGAGUCUUAUUGUUAGCAACAAUAAUUUGAGUACACAGACAGACACUCUUCUUUUAGAGUUCCCAAAUCAACCACUGUGGACUAAUGUUUUUGUGAGAAAUCAUGCGAAAGUUGCUGUUCCCUUGCUCUGGAGUCGUGUUCAGGUGCAAGGGCAACUUAGCCUUCUUUCAGGUGGUAUUCUAACUUUUGGUCUCACUCGUUAUCCAUACUCGGAGUUCGAACUGAUGGCUGAGGAGCUCCUUAUGAGUGACUCAACAAUCAAGGUGUUCGGUGCUUUGAGAAUGUCUGUGAAGAUGCUCCUUAUGUGGAACUCCAGAAUGUUAAUUGAUGGCGGUGGAGAUUCAAUAGUUGCAACUUCUUUGUUGGAUGCGAGCAAUUUGAUAGUCUUGAAGGAAUCAUCUGUGAUACAUUCUAAUGCUAAUCUUGGAGUUCGCGGCCAAGGUCUACUGAAUUUGUCUGGGGAUGGAGACACAAUUGAGGCGCAACGCCUUAUUUUGUCACUGUUCUACAGCAUACAAGUUGGACCUGGUUCAAUUUUACGGGGCCCACUUGUAAACAGAAGUAGUGGUGAUGUGGCUCCAAAACUGAAUUGUGAAGAUGAUAGUUGUCCUGUGGAAAUUAUACAUCCACCUGAAGAUUGCAAUCUAAAUUCUUCAUUGUCAUUUACCCUUCAGGUGUGCCGUGUUGAAGAUAUUGAUGUCUGGGGUCUCGUACAAGGAACUGUAGUUCAUUUCAAUAGGGCAAGAAGGGUCACUGUGCAUACAUCUGGGACGAUCAGCGCAUCAGGCUUGGGCUGCCGAACUGGAGUAGGACAAGGAAAAAUGUUAAGCAGUGGUGUAAGUGGUGGUGGUGGACAUGGUGGUAAAGGCGGGGAUGGUUUUUAUAAUGGAAGCCAUGCUGAGGGUGGACCUACCUAUGGUAAUGCUGAUCUACCUUGUGAACUUGGCAGCGGCAGUGGGAAUGACACUACAGAGUUUUCUACAGCUGGUGGGGGUAUAAUAGUGAUGGGCUCAUGCGAAUAUUCGUUGCCAAGUCUCGCCCUCUAUGGUUCAGUAGAAUCAAAUGGUGGCAGCUACGUUAAUAUGGUUACUAAUGGCUCUACUGGAGGACCCGGUGGUGGUUCUGGGGGCACAAUUCUUCUAUUUGUGCACACUUUGUCCCUAGCAGAAAGCUCAGUCCUUUCAAGUGUUGGUGGCUUUGGAAGUGCUGGCAGCGGUGGAGGUGGAGGGGGAAGGAUUCACUUCCAUUGGUCUAAUAUUCCUACUGGAGAUGAAUAUGUACCUGUUGCAGCUGUUAAGGGAUCAAUACUUACAAGUGGAGGAGUCAGUAAAGGACAAGGAUUUUCUGGUGGGAAUGGAACGGUCACAGGAAAAGCUUGCCCAAAAGGCCUUUAUGGUACAUUCUGCAAGGAAUGCCCUCUGGGAACAUACAAAAAUGUUACUGGAUCUUCUAAAUCUCUGUGCCUUCCAUGCCCUCCGGCAGAACUCCCUCACCGUGCUAUAUACGUAAAUGUCCGAGGAGGUGUUGCUGAAACUCCAUGUCCCUACAGAUGUGUGUCUGACAGAUAUCGCAUGCCUCACUGUUAUACAGCUCUGGAGGAGUUAAUAUACACUUUUGGAGGACCUUGGUUAUUUGGCCUACUUCUUUCAGGCCUUCUUAUCCUUUUAGCUCUUGUUUUAAGUGUUGCUCGUAUGAAAUUUGUCGGCACUGAUGAGUUGCCUGGGCCAGCGCCAACUCAACAAGGGUCCCAAAUUGAUCAUUCCUUUCCCUUCCUAGAAUCUUUAAAUGAGGUCUUGGAAACUAAUAGGGCUGAGGAGUCACAUGGUCAUGUACACAGGAUGUAUUUCAUGGGUCCCAACACCUUCAGUGAACCGUGGCAUCUCCCACACAGUCCACCGGAACAAAUAACAGAGAUUGUAUAUGAAGAUGCGUUUAAUCGAUUUGUCGAUGAUAUAAACACCCUUGCAGCUUAUCAGUGGUGGGAAGGAUCUAUUUACAGUAUCCUCUGUAUCCUUGCAUACCCUCUGGCCUGGUCAUGGCAACAGUGGCGUAGGAGAAAGAAAUUACAGAGACUUCGCGAAUUUGUUCGCUCUGAAUAUGAUCAUUCAUGCUUACGGUCUUGCCGUUCACGUGCACUCUAUGAGGGCCUCAAGGUGACCGCGACUCCAGAUCUAAUGCUAGGGUAUCUAGAUUUCUUCCUUGGGGGAGAUGAAAAAAGGCCCGACCUUCCACCUCGUCUUCGUCAAAGGUUUCCAAUGUCUUUGAUCUUUGGAGGCGAUGGAAGUUACAUGGCUCCAUUUUCACUUCAUAGUGACAGUGUGCUCACUAGUCUUAUGAGCCAGGCUGUUCCCUCAUGGAUAUGGCACCGUCUUGUUGCUGGGUUGAAUGCACAGCUGCGUUUGGUUCGCUGUGGAAACUUGAAAGUAACGUUUCUUCCUGUCAUUGAUUGGCUUGAAACUCACGCGAAUCCCUCUUUAGCUGUGAAUGGUAUCCGCGUUGAUCUUGCGUGGUUCCAAGCUACAGCAUUAGGGUACUGCCAACUUGGUCUUGUUGUUUAUGCUGUUGACGGAGAACCAGUGGUUGCUGAACAUGAUGGAAGCCCUAGAAUAAAACUAGAGCAACGCUCACUAACACAAAACAUGCUCACUGAUAUCCAACUAGGGCAGGCAAGGGUUAAGGAUGCUCUAAUGCGCAAAAGGAUUACUGGUGGAGUUCUUGAUAGUAAUAGCUUAAGGACCCUGAGAGACAGGAGAGAUUUGUUUUAUCCAUUUUCUCUUAUCUUGCACAAUACAAAACCAGUCGGGCAUCAGGAUCUUGUUGGUUUAGUAAUCUCAAUACUGCUUCUCGCAGAUUUCAGCUUAGUUUUGCUUACUUUUCUCCAGCUAUAUUCAUACUCUAUGGUCGACGUACUCUUGGUUUUGUUUAUUCUACCUCUUGGGAUUUUGUCACCUUUUCCUGCUGGUAUAAAUGCUCUUUUUAGUCAUGGGCCGAGGCGGUCAGCAGGCCUUGCUCGUGUAUAUGCAUUGUGGAACAUAACUUCGCUGGUCAAUGUUGUUGUGGCUUUCAUGUGUGGUUUCGUACAUUAUAAGUCAUCAACCAAAAGACACCCGAGCGUGCAGCCAUGGAACCUGGGAACGGAUGAAAGUGGUUGGUGGCUCUUCCCAACCGGACUCAUGUUGUUGAAAUGCAUCCAAGCAAGGCUUGUUGAUUGGCAUGUUGCUAAUUUAGAGAUCCAAGACCGCGCGGUAUAUAGCAAUGACCCAAACAUCUUUUGGCAGUCAUGACACCUGGUGUAACUGGAAAGCUUUUUACAACUCGAUUUUUUGGGAGUUGAUAAAAGGACGAGUGCGAGCAGCAAGGCCUUUCUUUAUUGACCAGGCCAAAGAAGCAACUACAGUUAUAAUAGAUGCAUAUUUCAGCGUCCUUCGAUGAUCAUGUGCAGUUGCAACCGGUGUUCUGUUGUAUAUAUAAGAGGUGUACUUGAUCCAUUCUUUGUAGGAUUUAGACACCAUAGGGUUAUAAACAAUGCCAAAGCUAACCUAAGAGACACAUUGGGGGGAUGUCGGUUUUGGUUGUUGCUGUUCUCUUACUAUCAUGCCCUGGCCCUUAUGUUGUUGAGCUGGGCAGAGGGGCAAAACAAGUCAUCGGAGGAUGCAAAAACCUUCUGUUGUAUCUGUUGUUUCUGAUGGGCAACAUAAGAAUUAACAUGCUCCAUGGUUUUAACUGACA